UAAAGAAGAAUAAAAUCAAUAAACUACUGGAUUCCUAGCAGCCAAGAACAGUAGAGUUUCUGCUGGCUCACUAAUCAAUCAUUUCUCCGACUACUUCAAUGCCAAGUUAGUUCGUUCACUGAAUCGCACUCCUUAAAUUGGGGAAGUACCGGCGCCCAAUUUGCAAUUCAGGUGGCUUCCCUCUCAUACACAUCAAUCGAAUCCGACACAAACACGUACAAUGGCCAUGGAAGCAGCGAUGGUCGCUGUCCUCGACCACCGCGCAAACGUCAACGCUGGUGGGAAGCCGGUCAACAACUGGUACGAGAAGAAGGGAAAGACCCACAAGAAGCUCUACAAGGAAAUCUGGGCUCCUAAGGAUCAUCACUCCGACCGCAAUGGCAGACAUAUCACGGCCAUCCGCUCGCCACCGCCACGUGUCGGUUAUCGGCAGGUGGAGGAGAAGCUGAGGAUGGCAGAGGCGGAAAUCAGAGUGCUAAAUGCAAAGAUCCAAGUGCAGCAUCAGGAGAGUAUGGAAGCGAUGGAUUUCCAAGAGCAAUUCUUCAAAGACCAAAUCAAGAGCAUUCUGGAGGGAAGAGUUGAUGAUGAUGAUGAUGGUGGGAAGGAAGAGAAGAAGGGAGAAGAUGCUGCAGAUUGCCAUUUGGGUACAAGUUCAGUACUUGAACCCGAACCCGAAUCUCGGCCCACUAGUCAUAUGAACAAAGAGAUGCAGAGGAUUGUGGGAGUGAUUGAGAAGAUGAGGAAGAACAAAUGGGAACCUGCAGAUAAUUAAGUCGUUUGGAGGAGAAGGCGUGAUUGUAUAUGCCUAGAUUCUUAAAAGGAGAAGUUCGUGGUAACCAUGAACUUGAAUAAUGAUAUGCUGGGAUGUUCUAAUUGCUACAUUAAUUAGGAGAUAAUUAAUUUGAUGAUUUGGGAAUGGAACAAGUCAAUAGUGCUAGUGGUGUAAUGAUAGUGCAAAGACUCUCAACAAGUUCUGAAAUCUCCAGACCAACUAGUUAUUCAGCAUAACACUACUCAACACCUAGGUCUCAACGAUAUCAUGAAAGACUCUCAACAAGUUUUGAAAUUUUCAAACCCACUAGUUUGAGAUGGCAAUCAAACCCAUGUCCACGGGUAUCCGACCUCCCCCGACCCAGCCAACGCGGGGAAUCCCCGCAUUGACCGGGUGUGGGUAAAACCCACAAAAAGUUUGAUAGGUAUGGGGCGGGUAUGGUUUUAGCCUCCACGCCCCAUACCCAUAUCCAUACCCGUCCCAUCAAAAAUAUUUCUUCAUAUAAGAAAAAUAUGUGAAUCAA